AUGAACGAAUCCAUGACAAGUGCCUCUCAAUGUGGUAUGAGUUCCAUGUCUCAACCCUACAAACCACCACAAACAACAGUUCGUAAAUUUGGUAAACGAGCACCACCGAGUGUUGUCUUUUCAAGCCUCACCGGAAGUUCUACCAACAACACCUCCUCAACCAAUACCUACACUCGACAAUACAUGACACGUGCCAAAGAUUCUUUAUUGAAUAAUAUCAUCAUGCUCAAAGAUAAAUCAGUACAAAAGGAUUGGAAAUACUAUGUAUUGACCUUGAGUGUGGUGUUGUAUACGAGUUUAUGUAGUAUCCUGAUUGGAACUCAGGGAACAUUUCAUCAAGGAGAAUAUGGAGAUUGGAUUUGGAGAGCUGUAAAUUUCAUCAUGACUCUCUCUUUAGAUUUGCUACCGUAUGAGGGAAUGAUGUCAUUGGCAAUUUUGUGCAUGAUUGUCUCAUUUGGUGGAAUUGUGUUGUAUUUUUUGGCAUUUCGAUUGACACGAAGAGCUCGUUAUUUGUUUCAAUUCAAGACAGCGAUUAAGGUUUUUGGAACAUUUACCAUUACUUGUAGUUUCAUCAUGAUUUAUAUUCUCUCGUCGUUUUAUGAUUGUAACUAUUCGAAACAUGUCAAAUUUACAGGUUAUUCCACUCCACAGCCAGUAUUGUCAAGAUUUCCAAUGCACAUGUGUCACGAUGCAACCACGAUUAUUUUAAUGAUUUUUUCAAUUUGUUCAAUCGUGUGCUUGAUUGUCAUGAAUGUCAUAUUUUCAAUCAUUUUAUCCAAUUCACAUGUGUUAAAUAAGGCCAUGUUUAUUGUAGAGACACCUACCUUUCCUAUCGUCAUGUUGACCAUUUCAGAGUUGCAGUUGGCAAUCAUGUACUUUAUUCCAGAAUCACUCGUUUAUGUUCGAUCCAUUCUACAUAUUGUCUUGUCCUUUGUUUUGAUUCCAAUGCUAUUUUAUUCAGUUCCAUAUUUUAAACGAGUGGAAAAUUCCAUCAUGAGUGGUGUGUGUUUUGCCAAAUGUUUGGCUCCUGUUGGAAGUUUAGUGAGCUAUUUUUCCAACUCGUCCAAUGAACGAUUUUUAGGAUUGGGUCUGUCGUUUUUGCCACUUGCUCUCAUUAUUGGUGGAUUUUUCAUUGGAUUUGUUGCCAUGGAAAUCUAUACAAGAAUGGUAGUGUGGUCCAUUCGAAAAGACAUGAUGUUCAAUUUUGAUCCCACUCUCUCAGAUACUGAAAAUAUUCAAAGAUUAGAGAAAGAGUCUUCGUUUUUGGUGAAAGAUCUCGAAGCUACUAAAAGAAUGAGAAGCUUUGAAAUGUUUAUCAAGUUUAGCAUUUUGAAUCAUUCUAAAAUUAGAGGAACUCAAUUGCACGAUCGUGAUUUAGGAAUUGCCAUUGUCAAGUCCAUGACGAAUCACAAAAAUUUCACACAAUCCAACAUUUUAUGUUUGGCUGGAAUUCUAGUUGCCUUUUUUUGGGAAGAAGAAUUCAAUCGAUUUGGAUUCGCAUCUGCCAUGCUGAAACGAGCGUUCAAGAACAAGUCUGGAAUUAUACAAGAUCUCAUCUAUCGAGAACGAAUCAUGGAAAUUGAGAUUGCUUCAGAACAAGCACGAGGAGUUAAACGUUCGAUUGCUGACAUUGUAGAUGUGCUUGUCACGUUACAAACAAAACAGAAAAGAAUCACUGCACUUCACAAAGCUUUUUGGAAAUGUCUCAUGGAAGAAGUGGUCAAUUACAACACCGUUUCAUAUAUUAACAGAACUAUUACAAGAAUGACCCGAGAAUGCAUUGAAACAUUUGGCCAUUUAAUCAAAAAUUAUAGACAUGAACGAUCCAUCAAACGUCUCUAUGCCAGAUUUGUUGAAGAGGUUUUGUUUGAUUUUGAAACGGCCAAUGAAAUUUAUGAAGAAACAGAUGAAGCAGAUGACGAUGAUACAAGAUAUCAAGCAGGUUACAUCGAGCUUCAUCAUCAUGGUUCUAAAGGAGGGGUUGCAGCAAAGAACAGAGUUCAUCCUUAUACCUCCUUGUCACCUAAAGAAAAAACCAUGGCAAGUUUGGAUUUAACUGGACUCCAUGGAGGAAGCACAGAACUUGUUGAAAAUGCUGAAGAGCUUGAUUUGAAAGAAGCAGCAGAAGAUGAAGCCAACAAACGAGAAUUUCUAAUUAGAGCUGCAAUUUCAACACCACCUAAUAGUAUUGGGUUUGGAUAG